AUGGCCUGUAUUAUGGCCAAUUCAGGGUUGACAGAUGCUUCGUGGGGUCCUUCAAACAAUCCACCUUGGCUUUUGUUUUUGUUUCACACUUCAACUUUGGUGGCAAACAACGGUGUGACUAUGUGUUCUGAAAUAGUUCCCUCUCGUUUCUCUUUUUCCCAUGAUGUCUCUGAGCUACCAAGGAAACAAGAUGUGUCACGCAAAGACACUAUGCUUCUUGAGUCAAAUCCUGACUUCGAGUUCAUCACUUGCAGAAGCCUUGAGUUUGAGUCAUCUUCUGCUGAUGAACUUUUCUCCAAUGGGGUGAUACUUCCCAUUCAGAUGCAACAAAAAAGAAACACUACUCGGAAACACACCCUUUAUGGGGAAGCUCCAUACAUGAGACUUCCUCCACUUCCAUGUUCCCCUAGGGUUGACAAAAUGAAGAAAGAGAGCUUUAGAGAAGUUGUAGAUGUGAGUGCUGGUUGUUGUGAUAAGAAAACUCACUCCACCUCUUUCUGGGGGUUCAGUAGAAGCAAAAGUCUUAGUUGUGAUACAAAGAAAAGCUUCAUGUGUUAUUCUCCUCCUUUGUCAAGGAGCAAUUCAACUGGUUCAGUGUCACCACUUCCAAAGAGAGUGAGUUCAACCAGGCAGCAUUCAGCUGCUAAACCUCAAUCAUCGUCAAGUUCUUCUACCUUAAAUUUGUAUCCUGUGCAGAGGUCUCGUUCUGGUAAGAGUUAUGGUGGAUCUUAUGCCAAUGGACUUAGGAUUAGUCCUGUUUUGAACCUACCAACUCCUUGCAUUUCUAAAGCAAGUGCUAGUCUCUUUGGUUUGGGUUCUUUUUUACGUAUUGGAAGGGCCAAGAAAAGCAAGAAGUGA